GUUUCAGCGUUCCUCCUUAGAAAUAAAGGUAGAAGCAGCAAUAUUAAGGUGACCAACCACAUUGACACGCGCGCCAAAACACAAUGGCGGAGGAAGACGUGCCUUCUGUUACAGCAAAAAGAGCAAAGAAAAGGAAGAAAAAAGAGCAGAAGGAUGAACAAAUCACUGAAGAGAAAAAACCUAAAAAUGACUGCAACAUUUCUUGUUCUUGGGAUGAAGAUGCUGACAAAUUGUUGAUUAACUUUGUCGAGGAAAAUUACACCCGCCCGAACAGACCGAAGUUGAUAUUGCCAAAGCAUAUUCAGUGGCAAUUGGUUGCUAGAAAGAUUUCCGCAGAGAGGAACCUCAAUGUUAACAAAUUUGAAGCCAGAACAAGGUGGGAUGAGCUAGCAAAAGACGUACGUAAGUUUAGAACAGUUCCUGAAAUAACUGAAGAUAUUAAGAGAAAUUUGGAAUUUCAUUUCAACACAAUGCCUAAAAAACCAAUGUCUGCCUAUCAGCAUUUCUGGUUGUCGAAGAAAGAUUCAAUUAAAAAGAAAUAUCCAGAAAUGGCUUUGCCUGAAUUGUCAAAACGUCUUGGCAAAAAGUGGAGAGAGUUGCCAGCUGAUAAGAAAGUAAAAUAUGAAAAGCGUGCAAAGGAGAAAAUGGAUGAGUAUGCAGUCGAACUUGACAACUGGAAAAGGGAAAAUCCUGCUGCAUUGGAGGAACUUGAUGAAAGAAAGGUUAAAAACAAGAAUGAUGUUGCAAAUAGCAAGAAGACUUCAGCAUUUGAGAUAUUUUGUGAGAAAAAAUUUGGGGAUAUGAAGGAAAAACAUCCUGAUUUAGAUGAAGCAGGAGUGAAAGCAAAACUGACAAAGAGAUGGGAAAAAUUGAAAGAUCAUAAGAAGGAAAAGUUCAUCCAGGAAGCUAGUGAAAUCAAUGCCACUAAAAAAGGGACAGAAAAAAAAGGGAAGAAAGCAUCUGGGAAGAAACGUUCUCACCAACCUCUGAAUCCAUACACUUUGUUUUUUAAAGAUGAAAGGAUCAGGUUACUAAAAGAGAGCCCGGGUUUGUCAUUCGGUGAAAUAGCUUCAAUGGUUGCAAAAGAAUGGAAAAUUCUUGAUCCUGAAAAAGUAGAACAAUAUAAGCAAAAGGCCAGUGAACUCAAGCAGAUACACAAUGAUGAGAAGAUUAAAGAUGAUACUAAGAAGAAUACACCAAACGAGUCUUGAGAAAAUAACAGCUUUUAUUGGAAAUUCUGGAAAGAUAUUAAGUUUUUAUCAGUUUUAAAAUAAGUGUUAGCUCUUUAAGCUUUUAGAGUAAGAUGCUUUAUUAUAGCCUUGCUGCCUUUGUGAACAAAGCUAUAGUCAUAUUUUGCCAUGUAAUUGACAGGGGACUUUAGAAAGAUUAUGUAACUGUCCACCUUAAA